UUUCUCCAGGCGCUAGUCUCUCCGCGGCUCGGACAAGAGCUCGUAGGCAGGCAAGAUGGCGGACGUGCUGGAUCUUCACGAGGCCGGGGGCGAGGAUUUCGCCAUGGAUGAGGAUGGGGACGAGAGCAUCCACAAAUUGAAAGAAAAGGCAAAGAAGCGGAAGGGCCGUGGCUUUGGCUCUGAAGAGGGAUCCCGGGCACGGAUGCGUGAGGAUUAUGACAGCGUGGAGCAGGAUGGUGACGAACCCGGACCACAACGCUCUGUCGAAGGCUGGAUUCUCUUUGUCACUGGAGUUCAUGAGGAAGCCACUGAAGAAGACAUCCAUGACAAAUUUGCAGAAUAUGGGGAAAUAAAAAACAUCCAUUUAAACCUGGACAGGCGUACAGGAUACUUAAAGGGGUAUACUCUAGUUGAGUAUGAAACAUACAAAGAGGCCCAGGCUGCUAUGGAGGGACUUAAUGGCCAGGAUUUGAUGGGACAGCCAAUCAGUGUGGACUGGUGUUUUGUUCGAGGUCCACCCAAGGGCAAGAGAAGAGGUGGCCGAAGACGCAGCAGGAGUCCAGACCGAAGGCGUCGCUGACAGUUUCUCUGUUAUCCAGGUGGUCUCUCCAAGAUUCCAUUUGGGCAUACAGCCUUGGAGAAGUAUAGCUGGGGUGAAACUCUGUUUGUAUUUAAUCUCUUACCCCUACUUGUGUGGUGUUUCUUUGAGUUAUUAAUAAAUGUUCCACUUUUGUUUUCUACAU